CAGCCGGGGGCAAUCAUGACAGGAACAUACCGGAGAUCGGUGAGUACAGAAAGCGCGUACGAAGAUGAGGAGCAGUUCGCCAGGGGCGGCACAACCCCUGGUGAAGGCGUCGUUGAUGAAGAGGACGGUUGUCAAGGCGAAGGUAGCAUGAACAGCUUUCCCUUAAGAAUGGCGGCCGACACAACGAGGGGUCGAAUCACUGGCGUCGCCGGUGGUUUCUUACGAGGCGCCGGACAACACGUGAACUACGACCCCGAGGCGCCUCCACCACCGCCGUACGUCGCACAACAGACAACCUGUCUGCUCGAGCGACCAGAAAUUGACAAGAAAGUCAAGAGGCACAGCAUACACGGCAUGAUGGAGGAAGAGAACGUGGUGCGACCUCAUCAGGAAAUGGCCACCCUGUCGCUUCAGGAGAAGAAAUAUCUUCUUGCCGUCGAGCGCGGAGACGUGGCUUCCGUUAGAAGAAUGCUCCAAAAAGCCGAUGAUACCGUCGUUAACAUCAACUGCGUGGAUCCUCUCGGGCGAUCGGCCCUGCUCAUGGCGAUCGAUAAUGAAAACCUGGAGAUGGUGGAGCUUUUAAUUGAGCACAAGGUCGAUACCAAGGAUGCACUCCUUCACGCUAUCUCCGAAGAAUUCGUUGAAGCAGUGGAAGUCCUUUUGGAGCAUGAAGAAACCCUUCAUAGAAACGGCGAGCCACAUAGUUGGGAGGCAUUACCUCCUGAUACAGCCACGUUUACGCCCGACAUUACACCGCUGAUCUUAUCGGCCCAUAGGGACAACUACGAAAUCAUAAAGAUCCUUCUAGAUCGUGGAUCCACUCUGCCGAUGCCACACGAUGUUCGCUGUGGAUGCGACGAAUGCGUGACAUCGAGAAUGGAGGAUUCCCUGAGGCAUUCGAGAAGCCGAAUAAAUGCUUAUCGGGCGUUGGCAUCGCCAUCCUUGAUAGCACUAUCGUCUAAGGAUCCCAUCCUGACUGCCUUUGAGCUCUCUUGGGAACUUCGACGACUCUCGUUCUUGGAGCACGAAUUCAAGACAGAGUAUCAGGAGCUACGAAGACAGUGCCAAGAUUUCGCGACAGCUUUGCUGGACCACACUAGAAGUUCCUACGAGCUUGAAGUCCUGCUGAAUCACGACCCAACGGGACCAGCUUUUGAGCACGGAGAGAGGAUGCAUCUCAAUCGCUUAAAAUUAGCCAUUAAGCUGAGGCAAAAAAAGUUCGUGGCGCAUCCUAACGUACAGCAGCUACUGGCAUCGAUCUGGUACGAGGGCCUGCCGGGAUUCCGAAGGAAGAAUAUGUUUCUCCAAGCGCUGGAGAUCGUUAGGAUCGGCGUCCUCUUCCCGUUUUUCAGCGUGGCGUAUAUCAUCGCACCCCACAGUAUGGUCGGUCAGACCAUGAGAAAGCCAUUCAUCAAAUUCAUCUGUAACUCCGCGUCGUAUUUCACUUUUCUAUUCAUGUUAAUUCUGGCUAGUCAGCGGAUAGAAAAUGUAAUCGAUAAUUGGAUGGGACACGACAUCGUGGAAAGUGAACCAGCGCGGACGAAACGUGGUGCCGCACCAACGGUCGUGGAAUGGAUUAUAUUGGCCUGGGUAUCGGGGUUGAUCUGGUCGGAGGUGAAGCAGUUGUGGGAUGUGGGCCUGGAGGAGUACGUGAACGACAUGUGGAAUGUGAUCGACUUCAUAACAAACUCGCUAUACGUAGCCACAGUCGCGCUCAGAGUCGUAGCUUACUAUAGGGUGCAAAAGGAGAACGAGGGCAAGGGACCGGGACAACUGAUCGAGCUCCAGCGUGAGGAGUGGGACACUUGGGAUCCGAUGCUCAUCUCCGAGGGCCUCUUCUCCGCCGCCAACAUCUUCAGUUCGCUAAAGCUCGUCUACAUAUUCUCCGUGAAUCCUCACCUCGGUCCGCUGCAAGUGUCCCUGUCGAGAAUGGUCGUGGACAUCAUGAAAUUCUUUUUUCUCUAUGUGCUGGUUCUCUUCGCUUUCUCGUGCGGUCUCAAUCAACUUCUUUGGUAUUACGCCGAUAUGGAGAAGAAACGAUGCCCCACGGCGAUGGCGAAUUCGCCCAAUGCUAACGUUACUACCGAUUCCAACGCGUGCAUCGUUUGGCGUCGAUUCGCAAAUUUGUUUGAGACAAUACAAACGCUCUUCUGGGCGGUUUUCGGGUUGGUGGAUCUCGAGAGCUUCGAAUUGGACGGCAUCAAAGUGUUCACCAGAUUCUGGGGUAUGUUGAUGUUUGGCACGUACUCAGUCAUCAACAUCGUCGUCCUCCUGAAUCUCCUAAUCGCCAUGAUGAAUCAUUCUUAUCAGUUAAUCUCGGAACGCGCCGACAUCGAGUGGAAAUUCGCGAGGAGCAAACUCUGGAUCAGCUAUUUCGAGGAAGGUGGAACCGUCCCACCGCCGUUUAACAUAAUACCGACCCCGAAGAGCGCCUGGUACAUCAUACAAUGGGUAUAUCGGAAGUGCUGUGGACACAGCAGGGCGGCCAAGAAGGAACAUAUGCGCACGAUUAGGCGAAAAGUCAAGCAGGCCUCCGAGCGAGACUUUAGGUAUCAGAGUAUCAUGAGAAAUUUGGUAAGACGAUAUGUCACCGUCGAACAACGCAAGGCGGAAAACGAGGGCGUCACGGAGGACGACGUGAACGAAAUCAAACAGGACAUUAGUGCAUUUCGCUUCGAGCUCAUCGAGAUACUCAAGAAUUCUGGGAUGAACACGUCCACUGCAGCGAGCAGCGGUACCGACGGUUGCCUUAAAGAGAUGUCCAUAGGUGCGGGUGGCAAGAAGAAUCGUCAGAAGGAGCGGCGUUUGAUGAAGGGUUUCAACAUCGCGCCGCAGCCAGGCGGAAGCGGCACUCUACCGCCCGUGGCCGAGUUCAUCGCAUCUCUUCAACAAGUACAGCACGAGAACUCUCACCAAGACCUAUUUGGCUCGACUCUAAGCGGCAUAUUCGGACCGGGCGUAAAGAAGAGCCCACAUCAUACCAGCACUAAUAGCGUGCCCGGGCUAGCCACCGGGCCGCAACAAAUUCGCGGCACCAGAAGUAACUCUCGGAAGAAGCGCUGGGGCACUCUAAUCGAGGCUGCGAAAGUCGGAAGAGUCUCUAGACUGAUCGGUAGAUCUCGUUCGGAGGACUCGGUAUAUUCGCCGGCGUCCGAGGACGGUGGGUCGCGGUCCGAGGGCUCGUCGGAUUCAAAAUCCUCUUUGGAAGUGGCAAGUCAUGACGUACAAAGUACGCAGCAUCCUCAUCACUCUCACUCUCAUCAUGCGCAUCAUCACGAGGCGCAUCACAUGUUCAGCCACGGCCUGGGCCCGGCUUUGGCCGCCCUGAGGAGGAAGCGCAAAAAGUUCUCGACUUCGAGAUCAUCCACACCCGCGAUGACCAGCAGCACCAACACGAACCCCCCGGAUUCGAGCGCGAUGCGCUCGGUCGCAACCGUCCUGGCGUCCAGAGUUUGCUCCAAGAAGCAGCUGCAACGCGCCAGCAGCGUACCAACUCGAGGCCCCGAAAUAACGCCGCAAUCAUCGAUAACAUCUCGACGACACGAAGUCACGCAGAGUCAGCAGCCCAGUUUCGACGUCAUCGAGAUCCCCAGCAUCAGCGAACAGCAAAGUGUUGUCAGCGCAGUACCAUUGACACCAUCGACCACCGAAGAGAGCGUGGCGGCGAACGUCUCGACGUCGAAGUUCACGGCGAGGCGAAACGGAUCGGCGACGCAGCUGCGUCUUCCCGGCAUCGAGCCGAUUUCCGGCCACGACGUAUCCACCGGCUGGCUCUGAGGAAACCGACGUGUCGCCGGGCUGCGGCGGCCGAUCAGCUGACACAGGAAACAUCAGUCGAAACUCAGCUUCGGGCUUCGUUUUCAACGGCCAUGAGGCUAGAACGACGCCGACGACGAUCGUACGAUACACGCACGCAUGCGACACGAUCCUCUCGACGUCGGCAGACGCACAAUGAUGCCUUUCUCGCGACAUGACACGCCAAUGCCGAUUAAACGUAAGAGCGACAUCGGAAAUCUCGAAGAAAAACCCAUUCUCUCGUCGACCCAGUCUCCUUCCUUCAUCUGAAUGAAGCAUCCUUUUAGUAUGAGCUUUCUUCUAAUCAUAUGAUGUCCGAUAGUGAGGUAAUGAAUUGAAAAAAUUAUUAUUCUAUUUAUUAAAUAAUUUAUUUGCAUUAUACAUACAUACAUAUAUAUAUAUGUAUAUAUGUAUAUAUUUUAUAUAUAUUUUACUUACGUGAAGGAGUUUCAAUGAUUAUUCGGGUAAGUUUUUCAUUUCUGUUUCUAUUUCUAUUUUGUUUUUUUACUUUAAACAUAUUAAAUGUAGAAGUUGCACAUAAAAACGUAUUUAGCGUUAUUUGUACAAUAUUUAUUGUUUAAUUAUUUUUAAAUUAGUGAGGACCAUGAAAUAUCAUAUAUCACACGAUUGAUCGCAUAUUACGCGAUUUCUUGUUUUACGCGAUCGCGGGAUUUCGCGUGAUUACUUUAAGCGACGAUUGAUGGUAAAUUAUACUGAGGAUUAUUACUAUUACUAUUACUGCCAGAACGCGGAAAUGGCAUACGUGGAUCGGCAACAAAUAGUCUAGUCAACACUAGUCAGUCAGAAGAUCUCGUAACAGAAAGGUGAAAAAAAAACAACUAUUACAUUAUUAAGUUAACUUCGAGAGACGACGAAUUACGUUAUGUCAAACAGAAAUAGCGAAUAAAGUUAAAUCGUAUCUUCAGAGAGCUGGUCUACUGAAGAACGAAACUCGUAGCCUCCUAGCUCCAUUCGAGCGAUUGUUUCUCGGGCAAUUUAUUUCUUCUGUAUAUAUACCUCACAGACUCACUCUAGUUACGAACUAAUCGAUACAAUCAUUGCCAACGGAGAAUUUUUAUUAUUUUUUAUUCUACAAUAGUGUGUUUAGCAAACGGUUACACACAAACGAUGUGUGCGUGCGUGUGUGUGUGUGUAUAUAUGUCAAGAGAAUUGAUUAUGUAAUCAUUCUUCUGCAAGAUGCGCAAUAAAUUGCGUGAGAAAGAGAGAAAAUUGGAUCCUUAAAGUUACAUGUGUCUGCAAAGUUUCAGUCAAAAGCAGUCGUAAUUCCAAAUUUGCCAACAAAUUGAUCUGUAAUGAUCCAGUGCGUACUCUCCGUUUACAUUAAGAUUUACAAAUAGCUACAAAAUCUUUCGUUAAUCGUCGAAAUCGGCGAAAUCGAUUCGCCUGAAUUUUUCGCGAGACAUAAAAGAGCAGGAACAAACCGCACGACCAAAGAACACACGGUAGUACGUAGUCGAGUAGUGGCCUAAAAGAAAACGGGAGUCCUAGAUAUUACAUGUACGUUAUAUAUACGUUAUUAAUAAUUAUUAUUACUAUUGUUAAUGUGUUAAACGAAUCGCGCAAUCAGUACCACAGGUAAGUCCUCGAGAAGCGAGUCGCCUUAAGCGCACUGUCCAAUCGCUCGCUUCGUCCCCCUAUCCAUCAUCGAUCUUCCCGUGGUCUCGAUAGCGCCAAAAAGAGAUAUAGUCAUUAUUAAAAAGUGCUAUAUAUCUACCAAGAACGAAUCUCUAAUUGUCUAUUAUAUUUAUUUUAGAGCAACAUUAUUUUAAAUAAAGUAUUUAAAAUAAAAUAGCAUUAAUAGAAUUUGAAUAAAUUAAAUGUGGCAAAGAAAUAAAAAUUUAUAAAAAUAUAAAAGAAAGAAUUAGAGUUAUAAAGAAUUUAAAAUUGUGUAACAUUGCAUGGUAUAAAAAAUAAUAAAAGGAUAUACAUUACUUGAUAACGAAUAUACUAUUAUACAAACUUUAAAAGACGAUAAGAUAAAGUGACAAUUUGGCGCUCUUGGUAGAUGUAUAAUGAUUUAGUCAUCCUACCACUUACGUGUAUUAUUUAUAUAUGAGAUUAUUAAUGUAAUUGUAUGAAGCUAGAUCUCCAGUUGAUGGUAAGUAGAGAGUGUUUGUUGUGGAAGUAAAGGAGAGAUAUCUUUAAAUAACACAUAAGCGGAACCAAUUGAUUUUAAUAAGUACGAGAUAAAACUCAGAAUUAUUUGAAUAAUGAGAAUCCUGCGAAUCCGAUCGAAUUUUUUCACGAUUACACAUAUAAUAAUGAGAUUCUUCUAUCCGCAAAUAUAUACAGUCACAUGUGAUUUCGCAUGCGAAAUCGCGGAAAAAUAAUGGAAAACCGUAGUAGCGGCAAAAGCUUUCGAAACUCUUGAGAAACUCCGAAAUCUUGGAUGUUUUCCAAGCGCUCAUCGCAAUUCAAAGUCCAUAGUGAAUUAUGGGCGCAUGAAUCAUGAUGUCGAAGCGUAAAGAUAAUAAGCACAAUGUCUUAGGCAUUGCGCUUGUUAUUAAUCGCUCGAAUGAACGCAUGUUGGUCGAGGUGAGUUUUGCAAUGUAAUUGCAAAAAAGAUUGAAUAACGCGAAAAGCGAGAAUCAAUCGGAUAUAUUUAACUCAGGAUUUAAUUUUAAUUGCUUUUUCUAAAUGUAUACAUAUUUAUGAUAUAAUAUUAAUAAGUUUUUUGUCAAAUACAAAAAAAAAGGUUUUUUUUAACUUUCUUCUAUUUAGUGGCAAUGCCAUAAAUAUUUAAUACUACGGUUAACCGUUUGACUUGUGAUAUUAAUUUGCUGCGAUGUAAACGAUGGAGUUUGAUUAAAUAGAUGCACGAGAGAUCAUUAUCCGACAAAGCGAUUAUACCGCGUUAUAGGAUCGAUUGAAAUUCGAUAGGAAUUAGCAGAAAACAAUACCGACACGAAAUGACCAUUAAUAAAAUAUCAUUUAUUC